AUGCAUGGUUCUAUGUAUCGGUAUCGGAUUGUCCGUAUCCAGGGAUCUGUACCGGCUUUGCGUCUUGCCAAUACCAUAUCGAACACGGUACAGACAAGAGAAAGACUGAACACAGCGAGGCUACCGAGGCUUGGUGUGGUUGAUAGAUCUACAAGAAGGGUGAAGAACCAUGAAGAUGUUGUUGCUGCCUCUACUUCCAGUGAUUUCGAGACCUUUUUCUAUACACAAACACUCGAUCAUUUCAAUUACAGGCCUGAAAGUUACAAAACCUUUCAACAAAAAUAUGUGGUUAAUUUUAAGUACUGGGGUGGUGCAAAUUCUAGUGCUCCAAUCUUUGCUUACCUUGGUGAGGAGUCUCCUUUGGAUCAAGAUCUUGGUGUCAUUGGCCUUCUCAAUGAUAAUGCCCCUCAAUUUAAGGCUCUUUUAUUGUAUAUAGAGCAUCGUUACUAUGGAAAAUCAAUCCCAUUUGGAUCAAGGGAAGAAGCAUUUCAAAAUGCAAGCACGCUUGGGUACUUCAGUUCUUCCCAAGCUUUAGCAGAUUAUGCUGAGGUGAUUCUUGAUCUGAAGAAAAAUUUUUCAGCAGAAGCCAGUCCAGUUAUUGUAUUUGGAGGUUCUUAUGGUGGAAUGCUUGCAUCAUGGUUUAGACUGAAAUAUCCUCAUAUUGCUUAUGGAGCACUUGCAUCAUCAGCACCAAUUCUUUACUUUGAUAACAUCACUCCUGAAGAUGGAUACCUCUCUGUUGUCACCAAGGAUUUCAGAGAAGCAAGUGAGAGUUGCUACAAUACAAUUAGACAAGUGUGGUCAGAAAUUGACAAUGUUGCUUCCCAAACCAAUGGUCUUAAAUUCCUUAGCCAAAAGUUUAAGACUUGCAGUCCAUUGAACACAACUUAUGAUCUUAUAGACUACUUAGAAAGUACAUAUACUUCAGCUGCACAAUAUAAUAGUCCUCCGCGGUAUCCAGUUUCAAUGAUUUGCAAAGGAAUCGAUGAAGCAUCCGAAGGAACCGAUAUUCUAAGUCGGAUAUUUGCAGGUCUGGUUGCUUAUUGGGGUAACCUAUCAUGCUAUGAUACAAAUGUAUUCAACUAUCCAUCUGAAACAAGUGAGGGUUGGAGUUGGCAGACAUGUAGUGAGAUGGUAAUGCCCAUUGGCUCUGGUAGCAAUGAUACCAUGUUCCCAGGUUCACCAUUCAACUUAUCUAGCUUCAUAGAAGACUGUAAGGAUUCAUAUGGUGUGAGUCCUCGGCCCCAUUGGAUCACAACUCAAUUUGGUGGUCAUGAUAUUAAACGGGUUCUUAAGCGGUUCGGAAGCAACAUCAUAUUCUCCAAUGGACUGAAAGACCCAUAUAGCAGUGGAGGGGUGUUGGAAAACAUAUCUCCUAGCCUUGUAGCAAUUCAUACAAAAAAUGGAUCUCAUUGCUUGGAUAUAGUUAAUUCAUUACCAGAUGACCCAGAGUGGUUAGUGGAGCAAAGAAACACAGAGAUCAGGAUAAUUGCUGGAUGGCUGGUGAAGUAUUAUAUGGAUCUUGCAGAAAAAUUAUGGUAGGAUCAAAUUAAAUUGCUUCUCAGGGAAGAAUAAUUAUUGUGUAAUUAGUGUUAGAAACUUCUUAACAUGAUCAUAAAGAAUGAAGUAUAUGUUCAAUA